UAGUUAAAAUCUGAUUUCAAUCAUUCAGGUUCCCAAACAUCCCAGACAAGCUGUUAACAAAAUUACUCAAUAGUAUUUAUUUAUUUCACGAAAAUGCCUGAAAGUUCACGGUGUCGAUUGGUGAUCCUGAUUGUGGCGGCCGCCUACAUAAUCGGUGUGGUGAUCCAGUCGCAAUUUCAUUGCGAGCCCCGUAAGUGGAGUCCUUCCAGUUGGGAUGGAGCUUAUGGCUCUCUCUUUUCAACAGCUUUCGAGAGCCGCUGUCUGGCCCAUAAGUUGGAGAACAAAUUCCGACAGUACCAGGAGGCAGUGUUCCGUCAUGCGGAAAAUUGCACCAUUGAGAGCGAGAUUGGGGACUCUGGCGUCCAGUAUCUGAGGAUUAGCUGCCUGGUGGACGAUCCGGCCCCAGGCGGUCGUCCGCGUCUCCAGUCUGGCGACCACUUCCGCAAUUUGUUCUCAAAGCGACGCAUUCCGAACCCGCUUAUGCGCAAAUGGACCCUCAGAGUGCCCCGCGAUGCCGUCAAGCGACUCGGCGAGCCUGCUUGAUUGAUUGGCAAUGGGUUUACCUUCGAAUUCAUUGUAUUGGGCCAUAAGCGAUAAAGAAAAUGUCAGAGCAAGUGGA